CCUGCGUGCCUCGAUCUCGCCACACCCUGAACAGAGCCUCGACAGAUUCCUACCGAGGCGCCGAGUCAUGACGUCCAGUCCGUCCCUGAUCUCGUCAUCCUUCUCGUCCUCCUCCCGGUUGCUGCGGUCGUCGUCGUCGUCGUCGUCCUCGCAGUGCAGCACCAGCGGCAGUCGGAGCAUGGACGAGGAGGCGGAGGCCGUCGUCGCGCCACUGCCGCCGAUGCAGAAGCGAGUGCUGUCGAGGAGCCACGGGUCCAGGGCCGCGCCGGGUCGACAACUCCCGCCAAAGAACGUCGUCCGGGACGCCGGACCGCCUUCAGAAAUGGAUUUGAUGAAAGAGAGAUUCGCCAAGCUGUUGCUCGGGGAGGACAUGUCCGGCACGGGGAAAGGUGUCUCCUCGGCUCUCGCUCUCUCCAAUUCCAUCACAAACCUUGCAGCCUCCGUGUUCGGGGAGCAGCGCCGCCUGGAGCCCAUGUCGGCCGACCGAAAAGCGCGAUGGAAGAAGGAGAUCGGCUGGCUUCUGUCAGUCACCGAUCACAUCGUCGAAUUCGUUCCGUUGCAACAGGUGUCCGAGGACGGCACCAGCAUGGAGGUGAUGGGCACCCAGCUACGCAGGGACAUUCUCAUGAACAUCCCCGCCUUGCGAAAACUCGACGCGAUGCUCCUCGGGUAUCUUGACAACUUCAAGGACGAACAAGAGUACUGGUACGUGUCGAAAAACGCCAACGAGAGCGAGAAGGGCGAUGCACCGAGAGAUGGCGAGAAAUGGUGGAUCCCGACGGUGAGAGUCCCUCCCGAGGGUCUGUCCGACCAGUCGAGGAGGUGGCUCCAGCACCAGCAGGACCUUGUCGGGCAAGUGCUCAAGGCAGCCAUGGCCAUCAACGCAGAUGUCCUUGCACAGAUGGAGAUCCCAGAAGAAUACAUCGAGGCUCUACCCAAGAAUGGGAGGGAAAGUCUCGGAGACUCCAUAUACAGAACCAUAACCGAUGAUUAUUUUGACCCCAACGGACUCCUGGACUCCGUAGACCUAUCGACAGGACACAAGAUCGUCGAUCUCAAGGACAGAAUCGAGGCCUCCGUUGUCAUCUGGCAGAGGAAACUCUGCAACAAGCUGUCAUGGGGCCCCGGCGUCAGCUUGGAGAAACGCGAGCAAUUCGAGGAGCGCGCACAGACCGUCCUGCUCAUCCUCAAGCACAAGUUCCCUGGAUCUGCCCAGUCAUCGCUUGACAUAAGCAAGAUCCAAUACAACAAGGAUGUUGGGUUUGCCAUCUUGGAGAGCUACUCCAGGGCUCUCGAGAGCUUGGCGUUCGCGGUUCUGUCACGGAUCGAGGACGUCCUCUAUGCCGACACCGUCGCUCGGGAUCCGAGGCGCGCGAAAUCGAGGCGGCGGCCUAGUUUAGAGGACGACAGCACUGAGUCUCUCGUCGUCGAUGCCACGGAGGCCACUUCGGCCAAGUCCAGCGAUUCAUUUUGCUGGCAAGAGCUCGAGGACAGGAGCUUGGAUUCCGGCGGUGGCAAGCUGAGGAAAAUUCCCCGUAUCGGCAGGAGGAAAUCUAUGCACGUAGACAAGGUCGAGGUGAACGUGUGCGGUGUUGGUGCUGGAUCAAGAAGCUUUUCCCAUAGGUGAGACGGGCAGUUGGUGGUGGAUCAAGAAGCUUUUCUCAUAGGUGAGACGGGCAGUUUGCGUUGCUUCGACAGGGAGCCAUCUGGUGAAGAGAGGCGCCUGUAAAAUAGCUCAGAGUAAGUGAGAUUGGGGAGGAAGUGAUGUAAAUUUCUUUCUCGUCUCAGCUGAGCUGCAAUAAAAUUAGCAUAGCAUUUUUUGUCA